UAACCAACAGACUGAUCAAUCCAUCAAUCAAUCAGCUCAUCAGUCAACUCAUUGAAAAGGACUCUCUGCAUCUUCAUCAAUAUACUGUUGGCAUUCACUUGUUUAAUGGUACUACAAUCGUUCAUAGACAACAUCAUCAUUUAGAUUCUUCAUUUCAUUAACCAUAUCAUAUUCAUAUUGUCUUUACAUCCAUUCAAUCAAUCACAGCAUACUAUACCCCUCUAAUCUAUUCUUGUCACAAUGGUGUUUAUGAAUCUUAUAAGGCAUUCCAAAUACCCUUGUAACUAUAAAGAGAAAUUACAAUUCUUUCAGAGUUCAUAUUUCAACUAUUAUUUCAACAACAAUAGUCUUGCUAGAUACUAUUUCUUCUAUAAUACAAAUUGGGCUAAUGGUGGUCCUCAUCCUUCCAAUCGUGGUUAUGCUGAAGAUCAUUUCUUAAGUAUCGAUAAUGGUCAUUAUGGAUUAUAUUAUUCCAUGUAUAAUCAUGAUUCAGAACGUAAAAGUCAACAGGUUGAAGAUGAAAGAUAUAUCGUUGAAUAUUUAGUUCGUGAAAGUAAGAAAUUACAGCAAUAUUGUAUUUGUGAAAAUAUCAAUCAUAUAAAGAGAUCAACCAUUAUAUUUAUGAAAUUAUUUAAUUUGGAUGUUCAUCAUAAUUUUAAACUUUUAAAGAAAUUCACUAAUGUGUUGUUAUUAUCUACUUCAUCAUUCAUAUGUGGAACUAAUGCUGAUCACCAUCAUCAUCAUCAAGUCAUAGGUCAAAAAUUACAUGAUUUAAUUAACACUGCAUCAUCUUCACCUUUCUUAAUUCAUGUACGUAAUUUCACUACUUUUAAUCCUUUACCAAAAGAUAUAACCUUGGAUGAAGAAAAGAUAUUCGAAUUAGUUAAUGAAAAUCAACCAUUACUAGAAGAAAAUGCCAAAAUCACUCAAAUUCAAAAACAAUCUCCUGCUCCUGUUCAAAAAUCAGAUGGUGAGGAUAUUUUAAAUGUUUCUUCUGAUGUUGCAUCUUCUACUUCAUUGACUACUUCAACUGAAAUAGAAUCAAAUGAUUCAUUUGAAGAAUCUUUAUUAAAUUCACAAAUCUCAAACAUACUUUCAACUUAUGCAAAUUAUUCCAAACCAGAAGAAUUGAAUAUCAUUUAUCCAUUGUUUCAAUCAUUAAAGAGAAAUGAUUUAUCAUUACCAAAUAUCGAUUUAUAUAAUGUGGUUCUCAACUCUAUAGAAAAGAGAGCCUUGGAUUCAGAAUUAAGUUUGGAAGCCAUUGAAAAUAAAUUAACUACCUUAUUAACCAUUUAUCAAGAUGUCUUAGGUUCUGGUGUUAAACCAAAUUUUGAAACUUAUAAUAUAGUAUUAUCAAACUUAUUACAAGGUAGUUUGAAUUGUCAUGCUUUAUUAUCCAAUAAUCAAUUCUAUCAUGUGGAAAUUAUUAAUAAAGGACAAGAAUUUACUCAAGUUGCUCUUGAAUUAUUAAUGUCAAUCAAGAAUUUAAAUCAUUUGAAUUUGAAUGUAUUAAUUCCAAACUUCAUUAAAGCUUUGAAUUUAAAUCCAAGUUUAUUGAAUAAGGAAAUCAUCGAAUUAUUAAUGGAUCAUCUUCCAACUCUUGAUUCUUCUUCAUCGUUUAACAAUGUCAAUGAAAUCAUUAAAUUAACUAAUCAUUUUACUCAAUUUAAUAUCUUCAAUGGUGAUUCGAAACAAAUUUAUGAAUACAUUUUAUCAUUAUAUGAAUCAUAUAAAGUCAAAGCAACAGAGAAGGAAAAUGAAUUUAUCAUUUAUGCUAAUUUAAUCGAUAGUUUAAUUCGUAAUAAUCAAUUCCAAUCUGCUAGUGAAUUCUUAGAUGAUAUUUUAUUCGAUUAUAAAGAGUCAUUAGAAUUCCAUGUGAGACCUUCAAAAGAACAAAUUUCCUUAGUCAUUUCAACUUAUUUGAAUGGAAUUAUCAACAAUACUAAAGCUAAUAAUGUUUCAUUACUUCAAACUUAUGAAUUAUUAACUAAAUUUAAUCGUAUUAGUUAUAUUCCUGAUGUUUCUGUAUCAGUUUAUAAUUCAUUGAUUCAUAAGUAUAUUCAAUACUGUAAUGAAUUAUCAGUCAUGAAAGAUAAAUCAGAAUUACAUCAACAAAAUUAUAAAGUAAUUGGUAGUUUAUAUGACUAUGUGGCUAUCAGAAAAGAUUAUCAAGCUACUCCUACUGUUCAAUUUGUUAAGGAUUCUAAUAGUGUAUGUCGUGAAUCAUUAUUAGAUAAAAGUAUUGAUAUGGGCGAUCAUGAACGAGUUUUCCAAUUAAUUAAAGAAAUCUUAUUAAAGAAUCAUUUAAUCUAUGAUCUCAGUAUAUUCAAGAAAUUACUUAACUAUUUAUAUAAUGGAGUUAUGUACAACAAAAUCGAUGCUAAUGGUGAACCAUUCAAUCAAUAUUACUUUGGAUUAAUUUGGAAUUUAAUUGAAACUCAAUCCAUUCAUUAUGAAGGUAAUUCUCGUGAUUUGAGUGAUUUCCUUUCGGAAUUUGUUAAUUAUUUAAUUAUAAUUCCUCAAUUACCAACUGGAACAUUUAAUGUAUCUACUGUUACUUAUUAUAAUAUUCAAUUAAUUAUGAAUUCAUUAUUUAUUAAUAGAUUAGUUGAUCAAUUUGAUUUACAAAAGGAUAGUGUUUAUGGUUUAGUAUUAAUUUCAAAGUUUUUAAUGACAUUUGAAAAUCAAGAUUUAACUACUGCUAAUAAAAUCCUUCAAUAUCAAGCUAAAUUAAUUAAUCAAUUUGAAGAUUCUGAUAAUCAUUAUAUUGAAUUAGGAUCUAAUUUACAAGAAUUUAAAGUUGAUUUAAUUAAUCAUUUCAAAUCAUUAAUCAAUCAAAAUUUAACUAAUGAUGAUAUUGAAUUAUCUACUACGAUCUUAGAUGCUUGUACUAUGAGUGAUAUUAAGAUUCCUUAUGAAACCAAAGCUAUCAAGAAUGAUUCUUUGAAUCUUAAUUAUGAUCUUAAUUUAAGCUAUUUAUUAAAUGUUAGUUAUAAAGCUGGAGUUGCUCAAUUCAUUGAAUUGUUUAAUAAAGGAUAUAAUUUCAGUUCUAUGACUUGGGAAAUUAUGAUUAAUUAUAAUUUCAUUAAUGAAUAUUUAGAAAAGAAUUCAUCGAUUAGAGCUAGAGAUUUUAUAGAACGAAUUUGGGCUCUGAAUUUUAAUCAUGAAUUAAAAAUUGAAUUAAUGACUCGUUUAAUGAAUAUUCAAAGUGAUAAGACUAAUAUUAAGAUUUUUGAAAUUUUAAAUCAAAAUCCAAGUUUAAUGUUAAAUGGUACUGAAAUUGAUAAUAAAUUACUAGGUAAUUUAUUCCAAAUGGCAAAGGAAUCAUCUAAUGUUUAUUUCAAAAAGUUGAUUUCUAAUCCUGAAUUUUUCGAUAAUGUUUAUGCUAUUAAUUCCCAAUUCACUUGGGUCGAUGAUUAUUUGUCAUUAUUAAAAGAAUUAGAGGAAUAUCAAUUGAUUAUUCAAAUUGUUGACCAAUUUGAAUUUAACAAUACUGUGGAUAAGGAAUUUAAUCAAACUUAUUUCAAAGUUAUUAUUAAUUACUUGAAUGCAUUAUUAAAAACAAGAUCAUUACAAGCAUUUAAUACUACUUUCCAACAAACAUUCAUGCAAAGAAAUCAAUCAUAUCUUCAUGAAAGAGAAUUGAUUGAAUUAUUAAUCAAUUACAAUUUAAUGAUUGGAUCUAACAAGAGUAUUGAAAUGAUUAAUGAAUCAUUUAUAAAAUAUGCCAAUUUAUCAACUAAUAUUCGUGAAAAUUUAGCUUUAGCUAGAUUAAUUAACAAUUUGAAGGAUGAUAAAUUUGAAGAUUCAUUUAAAAAUGGAGGUUGUUUAACUGUUAAAGAGUUUUCCAUCCGAUUACUUAGUGGAGACUUGGGACAAAUGAUUCAAUUAUAUAAUUCCAAUCAAGCUAUGUUAGUUAAUAAAGCCACUAAACUGGAAUUCAUUGGAUAUAUCUUCAACACAUUGAUUGAAGUUAGUGAAUCCAGAAGUAACAUUGAAAAAUCAAUCAUUUAUAACAAGUUCAAUACUGUUAUGAAAUUCUUACAAAUGAAUCAAUUCAAAAGUUUAUCAAGUGAUAACUUAACUAUUAUAAUUCAAUUAUUAACCAAACUUAAAUCAACAGAGGUAUUACAUUUCUUAUUAAUGAGAUUACUUGUGGAUAACAACAAGAAAUUCACCAAUGUGCUUAAUUUUUACUUUAUGGAAGUUCAAUUAUUGGAAUAUAAAGAUAAAUUAAAGACAUUAUAUUGGUUGAAUAAAGCAUUCAAAUACUUGAAAGAUGAUUCAACUAUUCGUUCCAUUAAACAAUUCUGUAAACUCAAUUCCAUCAGUUUACCAAAGCUCACUCAAGAUGAGUUCAUAACUUCAUCUUUAUAAUGAUUUUCCUUCCUCCUGUUCAUCUCCUACCAUACCCUCUCUCCUUUAUAUCAUCACACAUUCUUUUAUUUAUGACUUUUUUACGUUUACUCUAUUUAUUUACUUACUUAUUUAUUUUUUUAUGGCUGGUGGUGUCUGUCUCUUUAUUAUUUAUAGUCUAAUCUACUAGACUAAUCUGGGUGUUAUGUGUCAUGUUUAUAUAUUCUAUGUUAUACAAAUAUAAAUCAUAU